AUGGCUGCAGCAGAACCCGAGGCCUGUGCCUGCUCCUCUUCUUCACUUGAAGUGGAAGAGACAUGCCAGAACUAUGGCAAUUCCAGCUCUGAUCCUCCCACUGAACCACAUCCAGACAUGGAUAUGUUCUGGUACACAUUAAUAUUAAACCUAUAUCUAUAAGUCUCCAGAUAUUCCCAUGAUUUAAUUGUUAUUGACUGAAUAACAUGUUGACUUUAUUUUGUCACUGCAGCUGUCACAGUGUCCAGGAUUCCUUACUGAGCUCUGACAGCCGCUUCACAAACUAUAGAGGGAUUCUCAACUGGAUCAUUAUCCUUCUGGUGAGUCAUGCUCUAUAAGCAAUGCAGGGAAAGAGAAGAGACCAAUAUUGUUGUAUUUUGUGUGUUGUUGUUUUUUCAGAUCUUGACCCAUGCUCACCUGUUCCUGGAUAACUUUAUACAGUGAGUACACACACAGACACACACACACACACACACACACUUGAUUAGCAAUUAAUGUGUUUUCUUUUUUCUCUGACAUACCCUCUUUUGAACAGACAUGGCUUCUUGAUUGACUUGAGGAAAGUCUUGGAGCACCUUAUGGAGGACAAUUAUAACUGGCCAUCUGUAAACAUGAUACUGGGUGAGGCUUUGUCAUCACUGCACUAUUGUCAGCUUAACCAACUACACAAGGAUAUACUGUUAAUGAAUUUGAGUAAGAAACUCACUCAUCCUUCAUGCUUCUCUCACCUUUGCAGCUGCCAAUAUAUUUGCUAUUGCUGCUCUGCUACUUGAGAGGUGUCUGGAUAAGGUGAGACAAUUCUACCCCGGCUUUUCAAAUAGGAGAGGCUCGGCUAUGUGAACUGUCUCACAAAGGUUGAUAUGUGUGUGUUGAUUCUAGGGAACACUAUCCCCCAGUGCAGGGCACUGUUUACACCUGGGGAACCUGGGAUUAUUGACACUUUUUCCUGCUGUCAUCAUUCUAUAUGAUACUUCAAUAUCAACAGGUAAAUACCGCAAGUAUGAUCUGCACAGAUAUUGACCUGUACCUGAAAUUCCAGGUUGUUAUGGCACCAUUGGAAUAUAUCAUAUUUAGCUUAUGGCUCCAUUGUAAUAUAUCAUAUAUAGCUUUGUGUGGAUUUGCACCUCAACUUGAGAUGAUGACUCGCCCUGUCUGGUCAAACUGUUUCACUAUCUGCCCAUCAGGGGGAGCGUAUUUCUCACUCUGGACCUACACCGUUCUUGGUCUCAAGCUUUAUUCUUACCAAGAAACCAACAAUUGGUAUCGUCAGGGGUCUGUUCCAUCUCCAGGUAUGUCAGUGGGAACCGGUUUGUUUUUUUGUUUUUAGUGGCUGCAGUUACCGCUGGUUGAUUUCCUGCAGUUAUCACUGAUUGUAAUUGCUGCUGAUGCUGAAGAUAAUUACUUUGCUGUUUGGAUUUCUGGUGUGGUGAACAUCUGUAUCUGUUUUCCAGGAACAGACAAGUGUGUAUUACAUGAGACAAAAGAACAUAUAGAACACCUAACUAUUAAAGGUGAGAACGUCAUUCUUUCUUACACAUAAUGGCUUGUGCACAAUGUCUGCCUGUCUAGUUGUAGACUAAGAACACAUAGACAGUUAAUGACAUUGACUGUGCUCUCUGUCAGACCUUUACUACUUCCUCCUGGCGCCCACUUUAUGCUACCAGCGAGACUUCCCCUUCACACCAAGGGUCCGUAUCAAUGUCCUUUGUAAGACGAUGAUAGAAAUGGUGAGAUAAAACCUCACCCACACAAUACCUAUCCCGUGUAAUUAUUGUGUUAUAUGUUAAUAUGCAUUGAUUAUCCACCAUCUUAUUUUGGGCCUUUACUUUCAGGUGGUCCUUACUCAAAUUAUUGUGGGAAUCGUGCAGCAGGUGAUAUGUUUCAACUUUUAGGUUUGGUAUUAAAUUCUGUUUGCAAGUCUAUCCAUCUAUCUAGGAUUUAUUUGAAAAAGCUUUAUCUUUAGGUUACCCAUUGUAAUUCUAUUCCGUGUGUGCCUUUGUUUUCCUAUCAGUGGAUUGAACCCAUCUUCCAGAGAUCAGAAAACUCUUUCUCUGUGAGUGAAAGCAAUAUCCCCUUUUCAUCAAAAAUGUAAUGAUAUAAUAAUAUCACAUUAUUUCCUCUGUUACUUUUCCUUUUCUCUAGAAUAUGGACAUCACUACCAGGGUGGAGCACUUGAUGGGGCUUGUGGUAAGUGUGUUUGUGUUUUAGGGUAGUGGAGCAUUAUUAGUAUGUUCUGGUGGUGUCAAACAAUAACCGUGUCAAUAAAGCGGUCCAAUUUCCUUUACAGGCUCCCAACCACUUCCUGUGGCUGAUAUUCUCCUUCCUGUUUUCUCACUCCUUCCUAAACUUCUGUGCUGAACUGUUGUGCUUUGGAGACCGCCAUUUCUAUGGGGAUUGGUGGUCAGUUAUAUCCUAAUCUUUCAUUUUGGAUGGUCCACUUGUAUGUGUUUAUGUGUAAUAGAGUAACAGAUGUGUAAUCACAUGUGUAAUAGAUUCAUAUUUUAAUCCGCAGGAAUGCUAAAACACUGAAAUGUUUUUUGGGGAAUUGGAAUAUUCCUCUUCAUAAGUGGCGCUACAGGUAGUGACUCCUGACACCUAAAUAGACUUUUCCAUUCUCUCUCAGAAGAGAUAUUGUACUGUGUAUGUACAACUAACUUCUAUCACUCUUUAUCCCUCUCUAUCUCUGUCUCUUUUUCUCUUACAUAAAGACACUUGUAUACACCACUACUGAAAAAGAGGGUGUCAAAAAAGCAAGCAGAUUUGCUGGUCUUCCUGAUGUCAGCUGCCCUUUGCGAGGUAGGACUGGUUGUUAUUAUUAUUAGUAGUAUUAGUAUUAUUAUUAUUAUUAUUAUUAUUAUGGUGUAGAUGAGUGAGUACAAUCAGUUCAGUUAUCAUGUGCGAAAUAAUGAUUAGUUGCUAACUGUUUAAAGCUGUCCCCCAUGCUACUAUGAGACAAUCCAUGGUAAUGGGUUAUGUACAGUGAGGGAAAAAAGUAUUUGAUCCGAUUUUGUAAGUUUGCCCACUGACAAAGACAUGAUCAGUCUAUAAUUGUAAUGGUAUGUUUAUUUGAACAGUGAGAGACAGAAUAACAAACAAAAAAUCCAGAAAAACGCAUGUCAAAAAUUUUAUAAAUUGAUUUGCAUUUUAAUGAGGGAAAUAAGUAUUUGACCCCUCUGCAAAACAUGACUUAGUACUUGGUGGCAAAACCCUUGUUGGCAAUCACAGAGGUCAGACGUUUCUUGUAGUUGGCCACCAAGUUUGCACACAUCUCAGGAGGGAUUUUGUUCCACUCCUCUUUGCAGAUCUUCUCCAAGUCAUUAAGAAUUCGAGGCUGACGUUUGGCAACUCGAACCUUCAGCUCCCUCCACAGAUUUUCUAUGGGAUUAAGGUCUGGAGACUGGCUAGGCCACUCCAGGACCUUAAUGUGCUUCUUCUUGAGCCACUCCUUUGUUGCUUUGGCCGUGUGUUUUGGGUCAUUGUCAUGCUGGAAUACCCAUCCACGACCCAUGUUCAAUGCUCUGGCUGAGGGAAGGAGGUUCUCACCCAAGAUUUGACGGUACAUGGCCCCGUCCAUCGUCCCUUUGAUGCGGUGAAGUUGUCCUGUCCCCUUAGCAGAAAAACACACCCAAAGCAUAAUGUUUCCACCUCCAUGUUUGACAGUGGGGAUGAUGUUCUUGGGGUGAUAGGCAGCAUUCCUCCUCCUCCAAACACGGUGAGUUGAGUUGAUGCCAAGGAGCUUGAUUUUGGUCUCAUCUGACCACAACACUGUCACCCACUUCUCCUCUGAAUCAUUCAGAUGUUCAUUGGCAAACUUCAGACGGCCCUGUAUAUGUGCUUUCUUGAGCAGGGGGACCUUGCGGGCGCUGCAGGAUUUCAGUUCUUCACGGCAUAGUGUGUUACCAAUUGUUUUCUUGGUGACUAUGGUCCCAGCUGCCUUGAGAUCAUUGACAAGAUCCUCCCGUGUAGUUCUGGGCUGAUUCCUCACCGUUCUCAUGAUCAUUGCAACUCCACAAGGUGAGAUCUUGCAUGGAGCCCCAGGCCGAGGGAGAUUGACAGUUAUUUUGUGUUUCUUCCAUUUGCGAAUAAUCGCACCAACUGUUGUCACCUUCUCACCAAGCUGCUUGGCGAUGGUCUUGUAGCCCAUUCCAGCCUUGUGUAGGUCUACAAUCUUGUCCCUGACAUCCUUGGAGAGCUCUUUGGUCUUGGCCAUGGUGGAGAGUUUGGAAUCUGAUUGAUUGAUAGCUUCUAUGUACAGGUGUCUUUUAUACAGGUAACAAGCUGAGAUUAGGAGCACUCCCUUUAAGAGUGUGCUCCUAAUCUCAGCUCGUUACCUGUAUAAAAGACACCUGGGAGCCAGAAAUCUUUCUGAUUAAGAGGGGGUCAAAUACUUAUUUUCCUCAUUUAAAAUGCUAAUCAAUUUAUUACAUUUUUGACAUGCGUUUUUCUGGAUUUUUUUGUUGUUAUUCUGUCUCUCACUGUUCAAAUAAACCUACCAUUAAAAUUAUAGACUGAUCAUUUCUUUGUCAGUGGGCAAACGUACAAAAUCAUCAGGGGAUCAAAUUUUUCCCUCACUGUAUUGACAUUUUGUUUGUUUGUUCCUUGCAGUAUGUCAUUGCUCUGCCCUUACACAGCUGUCGACUAUGGAUCUUCCUCAUGAUGAUUUUUGAGGUGAGGGUCACUAAAAUAUCAUCAAGUAUAUACUGUAUGUGUUUAUGCAGUGUGUGUGUGAACAUGCAUGUUAACUCCUCCCUCUCUUUCCCUGUCCCAGCUCCUGGUAGAUGUUUACCUUGGAGACUAUUUCAAGGGUAACUAUGGCAAUGGGCUGGUGUGGCUGUGCUUGCUACUGGGUCCUCCCCUGGCUGUGAUGACCUAUUUCCAUGACCACUACAUGAGUCACCAUGGCCAACAUCCUCCUGGACUGUCCGUUGAUGACUGUUUGUCAUGA